AACAAGAGUCGUGUGGCCUGCGCAGCAAGAUACAGAGAUAGUGGUGAGCAAUCUAAACAGUAUAAGACCACAAAAAGUAAAGGGCGCGCAAGGUCUUGCCUUCGGACGACGCAGACAUUGUCCGUCUCCAGAUCUCAGUCAAAGCGAGCUGGGAUCCAAGAACUGACGAGCUGGCCGCCUUUGAGCGAUGCUGCCGCGGCAUGCUUAAAUUCAGGCUCACAAUAAAUCUCAGAAUGCGCCAGAUGACGACCUAUCGUCGAUCAGAUGACUUCAUAUUGGAGUGUUUGACGGAUGCUGAAGCCCAAAAGAGCCAAUCAGAUCCAUACACAGCUUGCUAUCUCACCGACAUUGCACACCCACCAGGUAUGCGGCGGCUGGGAUCAGCGCUAAGUUGCUGAUAGAG